CCUGCAAAGGAAACAGGAAGUGACGUAGGGGGGAGCGCGACGCGUGAACGACGCGGCGUCAGGAAGUAGUGGAGUUGCGGGUAGAGCCGUGAUAGGUACGGGCCUCUGAGGGAGAGAAACGGGGCAGUGGGCGAAGUGGGGCUCCUGGGUCACCUGCCUUAGAAUAUGCUUCAGGGGCGGGGGAGCUACGGGGAGCGAGCUUGCUUGCCCAAGGGCCCCGAAUUCUUCAUCACUGGCUCCUGUCAGCACUAACGGUGAAGAGGACCGAGGGGGGAACGCCUCGAAUUCGUGAAAUAAGGACGUGGUGUUUUUUGGGUUUUUUUGGUGUGCAGCUUUAGCAGCUCUGCGAGGAGGAAUUUGCAAAAUGUCUCUGUGGCUUCACUGGCCUGGCAGCCCAUGGCUGCUGUUCGUGGUGGGGCGGUUGUGGGUUCAGUUGCCGUACCCGCUGCUGUGAUGCCAGGCUUGGGUGUCUGCGGGCAUGAUUUGAAUGUGAGGAGUUGCCAGGAUUAGUUCAAAAGCCAACCCUGUUCUCGCCGGUGGGAGAAGAGGAAGGGAGGGGGAGGUUACACGGUUUUUUGUAAUUUCUUUCAGUUGCUUUAUUAUUAUUUUAAACGCAUGACAUAGACCUGUAAAACAAAUAAAUGGAAAUAUUGGGGUAAGAGCCAUAAUUGAUUGGGAGGGCACAUUGAAGUCCAGGGUUUAAUCCCUCAUGUCUCCAGUUAAAAUACAAAAUUGAGGUAGCAAGGCUCACCCUGGGGAGAGUCAGAGAAGACAGUGGUGGACUAUGUAGGCUCAUGAUCUGACUUUAAAUAAUAAGGCAGUUUCAUGUGUCAAUAUUUUAGUAGGUUCAGUAACUGGUGGAGUUGCAUCUGGGAAGAGUUUCUCACCAUGCUGCUACUAAAGGCACUGGAUUACUGUUGAAAUACAUUAUAAUCUUGUUCAAAAUACAAUAGCAUAAAUUUGUACCAAAUCCCAUUUUAGAGUUUAGCUUGCUUUGGAAGAGUACUGCUUUGAGAAUGAUGAAGCUAAAAUGGUGGAGGGGAAGUAUCUCUAGAUCCAACUAUCAGUUUAUAGCUGAUGCUGUGAUUAGAUGUGUUAAGAUUUUGCCAGCAUUGUUUAAAGAUUUCAUAUCUGUUGCCAUAUGUAAUUUUUCUUUCUGUGUUUGUUUGUUGAAGGCAGAAAAUCAACUUUGUAAGCUCAACAUGGAAUCUGAAGAUUCAAUUUCUCCUGAAAAAUUAGUUGAGGGUUUGAAACUCUCAGAGGAACAAAGCAGUCCUUCACAGCCAGGUUGUAAUAAUGUGCAUGUCCCCAAAAUCGCCAAAGAAGGAGUGACUCAGCUGCCUCACUCUGAGUCCAGAGAAGACGAAGACCUCUUCCAUGACUGUAAUGACUCUUUUGAAGCAGGAGUGGCAGAAGAGAAUCACAAUAAUAAGGCAGAUCCUUUAGAAAAUGAAAUAGAGCUAGAUGAGAAGGACUUAUUAGAACUAGAGAAAAAUAUGUCUGAGGAAGAAAAACAGGUAUGCUUUAAUGAAACUACAAAUGUUUCUUUAACAUUGUGUUGAUUAGCACUCUGAUUUUAAUGAUAUUUCUUUGGAAGUAUGUCCCAUUGAUUUAAGUGCAACAAGGUUCCAAGGAGUAUGUUUUGAAUUUUAGCUUUUCUAGUAUUCACCGUAUGUUUUAAAAAAUGAAAUCUUUCAACAUAGUCCUGCUCUUUUUUAAAUUGGAAAUAGCAUUUGUUGAUUUCAGUCAAAUUUACUCCCACCUACAGCAGCCAAUUCCUGUUCAUGUUUUUUUGGAAGUAAAUCCUUUUCAGCUUAGUGGGGCUUAUUGGCAAGUGUGCAAUGAAAUCAUUGUGCAUGCAGAACUACUUAAAUGAAUCCAUUGUGCUCUUGGAAGUCAUUCCAUGCACACAAUGAUUUAGUUGGAUUGCAAUCUUUUCAGGGCACAGGUUCACACAUCCCCCCCCCCCCCCCCCCAUUUUAUGGAUGAGGUUUGGAGGGUUUGUGGUUAAAUUCCAGCACUGUGACUCUCCCCACCCACAGCUUAAGUGUCAUUUGUCAGGAUAUAGGAAAACAAGAAAUGUCUCUGUGGAUUCCUUUAUGUCAGCCUUCCCCAACCUGAUGCCCUCCAGAUAUUUUGGACUACUACUCCCAUCAGUCCUAGCCAUCACAGCACCAAGUUAGGGAAUGUUGCUACAUGUGAUUGCAAGCAGACUCAUUAUUUCCUCAUUUUUGUCUGUGUUAUCCAUAUUUGCCAGAGACACCGACUUUUCCUUUACCAUUCCUUUGUUGUGUUUCUGUUUGUCUUCUGAUUAUUCUGUUCCACUUGCUCUCUGUCAUCCUAAAACAGAAAUGGGCAGUGUGUGCCUGCCAGACAAUUGUGUGCGGGCUGUACUUUUAAAAAAAUUCUUGUGUUAGACUCUUCUAGAUUUUUAAGUGCCGUUUGACUUAUCUGAGUUGUCUGAUUCAUUUCAGGAUUUAGAAAAGGCAACUGUUAAAAGUUUAAAAAGCUGUGCUUGUUGGUGGUGGGUGAGAUUUUUCCUAAGGUCAGAAUUGCUAGAAGACACAUAUAAUCUUGCUUGUUUGCGACAUGAUUGUCUGGAUUUGGGCUUUUCACCUUUGCAAGCAAUGCUUAUUCAGUAGCAAGAAUAUUCAUCUAAAAUAAAAGUUAAUCUUUUAAUUAUUUUGUUAUGUUUAUCAUACGACAAAAGCAACAGUGGUUUUGUCAAUCAGUCUAUGUGCAAUGAACAAAGGGUAGGUUGGGGAAUUCUGAGACUGGAUAACUAAGGUUAAUAAAGGGAUUAAAAUGCAUUCCUCAAGCAAGGCUGCUUUUUAGGGUUCAGACACAGUCAUUUCUCCUUUUAUAUCAAGAAAGAUGUGCAACAGUGACUCAGCAGUAUAUAAACAACAAGGCCUCUGUUUGCAUUUAAAAACAAAAUCAGAUUCUUCACUGGGUAACAUACAACUCGUGUCUAGUAAAGCUAAACACUCUAUUAUAUUAAAAUUGUGUAAAUAUUUACUUUGCAGAGUUAUCUUUCUGCUAGUCAUUAGAUGAGCAAGGUUGCUUGUACUUACACGCUUACUGCUGGACUGCUUGCUCCAUGUACUGUAUCUUUUUAGCUUUCAGCCAUGGUUAAUGACAGAAAAAUAUUAUCAAGGAAGUGCAUUCCUGUUCAAAUGUAUGUUUCCUAACCUGUAAUAUUUUCCCUUACAUUCAAAUUUUUGGUUCCCAUCAAUUACCAGCAAAACCACAAAACUAAAUUUUAUUUUCAUCCAAUGAAUGCUUACUAAAAUUUGGAGGUGUAUGGCUGGGUAGUAGAAAAUGUUGUUGGCCCUGAUUUCUCUAAAAGAGAAAGGAAAUCAUUAAUGCGCAUAUAUUAACUUCCUUUUUAACGAAAUAUAUUUCGUUAAAAAGGAAGUUUUUUCCCACAGUAAAAAAAUGGAAAACCUCCAUGGUAAGGCACUUCAAAAAAUCCAGAGAAUAAAAUGAAAUUUAUCUUAUGACAGUUCCUUUCUGUACUGUGGUAGCAAGCUAAAUCCUGAGUGUGUUGGGCAAUCAGUUUUAAGUAGUGUGCAUUAAAGCAGAGAAUGAACAAAAAGAGAUAGGUGUGUGUGUCGAUACACUUGAUUUCAAGUUAAAUGCAGGGUCUGUUGCCUUUCAAGUCCUCUAUUUAUUGGCUGAGCUCUUAUGAUGUCACAGGACCUGAACUAGGAAGCAGAAAUUGGCUCAGCGGCCAGGAAAGUAGUAUGCUGGCUGUCAUGGAUGUGAGGAUGAAAGAACUAUUGUGGGGCGGGGGGGGACCUUAGGGAAUGGGGAGAGGGCAGAAAAGAUGAGGAACUAGAGACCAGUGGAAAGGGGAUUAAAGGGGAAGGAGGGGGCCAAGGGAAGGAAUGGAUAGAGAGGCAGAGGUUUGAAAAAGUUGAGAAAUUAGUAAAAGAGGUAGAAGGUGUUGGUGGCUAGACAUCUUCCUGCCUCCACAAGACAUUGGUUGAGCUCCUGUGUCACAGGGUAGUCCAGGUUGGAAAGUCUUAAAUGGGAUUUGGGAACAAAGAGCAUGUGGUAGUUAGUGAAAGAGAUGGAGGGCUGUAAUUCUUGAAAGCUUAUUUUUCCACAAAAGUUGACUGUUCCUUGUUUUACCAAAGAACAUAUAGCAGAAAUAAUAAUAAACAAUAAUCAAUUUCUAUGUACAUUAGGUCAGUUCUUCAUUCACUUUUUUUCCCUCCCAAGUGGGUGAAUAGUUUUUGUGGUUGGAACUACAAGACUGAGGUUAAACAACUCCAGCCUUGGUUUGGGGAAGUCUCUAUUGGCCUUAGUGCCUCAUCUGUAAAAUGCAAAGUGACCUCUGUUUCACAGGAUUCAGAGAACAAGAAAUUAUUUUAUUUUAUUUUUAAUGUAAAAAAUUUGUCAUAAACAAGCACUUGGUAGGUUCUCCUUGCCUAAGGAAGAGCCUCCAACCAAUUUGCUAUGGUUAUGGUUUGCCUACUGUUUGCAUUUGUGGAUAGCCAAGCCUCAAGAACUCUUGGGUCUUUUUGGCGGGGAGAAAACUUCACUCAAAUUUUGAAACAUGUCUCCUUUUUAGAAAUCAGAACAUUAAAAAGUAUGUACAAAAUAGCUAGGCAAAAUACUAAAUAAUAGAUGGGUUUUGGGAUAGCUAUUUCCAUAUUUCAGGUUGCAGUUUCCAUUGUGAUAUCAAAUAAUAAGCUAUUUUGCUUACUUGCUUCAGAUAUUUAUUAUGUGGUCUUCUUUGUAUUACAGAGGAGAAGAAAUGAGAGCACAAAAUUAAAAGAAGAAGGAAAUGAACAGUUCAAGAAAGGAGGUGGGUGAAUUACAACUAUGUAAUACCCAAAUUGUGGUCAGUCUAAAGACAAAUGCUAUGUAGAAUUUGUCAUCUGUGCAGGUGAUUGAUGCGGUCCUUAUAGGUGUUUAUGUAGUCUUCUUAUGACCAGCCAUAUCUGGAAUACCUACCCCUGGAGAAGACUUCAUUUUAUACCUUACCAUUGUAUUUGGGAAUUCUCUUUUAAGGGUUCUGGGAGUUAAGAUCCCAGAACUGCAGUCAUACUUGUGCUUACUUGGGAUUAAAUCCAUUGUAGAUUUUGAGGCAACUGUGCCAUUGAUUGUUCCCCCCCUUCAAUCAGUCUUGGGAAAACAGCUCUGAGCGAGUUGUUGCCAUUUUCUUAAAUAUGUUUAGUACUUCUGCAAAGCAAACCUCGGGAUUCCCCAUAUCCUGCUGAAAGUCUUCUUGUUGUCUUUGGAUGGUGCCAUUUUGGGGCGCAUAAAGGUUGGCACUCAGAGAAUGAGUGCACUUUCAGCAAGGGUCUUCACAUUUUGUUUGACCUUAAUAGAUGGGCUUGCCAUCACUCUGUUUUAUUCUGAAGAAAUACAUCACACCAUGCUCUAGGCCCAGUGACUUGAUGGUGGGGGGAAUCCCUUGCGCUCUUCUCUAGCUCAGUGCUGGGAAGCAGGGUAAGGAGCCAUACUACUUGUGCUGAAUCACAGAGCUUGUCCAAAAGUAGAAAGGUCUUCUUGCCUCUCCAGUAUCUCCAAGGCUUGGUGUACUGUCAGGAGAAUAGACCUUGGCUACCAGUAUCUGCAUUCCAGGUUGCCAGAAUUAUAUUUUAGUUGCCUUAGCAACUAAAACAAAGUGUAUUUGUGGAGCCUUGCCCUACUCUUAACUCCUCCCUUAAUGAUGUCUCCUAAUUGCCUUGGGGUAGUCCUAUCUACCAUGAGCAGCUCCUCACCUAUGUUAAAGAUGUUGUAAUGUGCUAUGACUGGCCCCUAAGCCCUCGAAAGGGUUGGUUUGAGAUUCUGAACAUUUGGUAAUGCUUCUAGCUAUCCUUAUGACUGUUGUUCGGACUGGGAUACAUUGCUUUUUUGUUUGUUUUAGCAGUGUAUUUUUUCUGAAAAAUUAAAUUGGGGGCGGGAUGUGAUGCUAGGCAUGCCUUCAAGGCAUCAAUUCUUGUGUGUGCACUUACUGUCUUCGAUCUUGACAUUUCAUUUAAACUGCAGAAUAUAAAGAAGCUGAAGAUGCUUAUGCAAGAGCUCUGCAGGUUUGUCCAGCCUGCUGUAACACAGACAGAUCCAUUUUGUAUUCAAACAGAGCUGCAGCAAGAAUGAAACAGGUAAUGCCCAAGACAGUGAAGUAGCAAGAAUGAAUGAAUGUGAUUAUUGUUUUCAUCUUCCCUUUCAGCUAUAAACUUGACAGCUGAAGGCAUUUUGUUUUCUUAGACUUUUUUCUCACUGUGGGAGAACACGGGAACAGUGCUGAGUAGAAAUGUAAAACUGGGACCUCUGUUAAGCAGGCAGGUCAGCACAGUCUUACUUCCAGACUUAAGAGGUUUCCUCUGACCUUUGGCACAUGUCAUGACUCAUGAGUGACCAGUCUUUUCCUCACUUGGGGAAGCGGUAGAGAUGGACGGGGCUUGGGCAGUUGCACAGCAGUCCCUGCCAGCUCCAGAGUUGUGGUUGCCUGGAGAUCCUCAUCCAAGCUCGGCCAACCCUGCAACCCCCAGGGCAAGAAAGGCAGGCAAGGAAGGUUGAAUGCUGCUGCUCAACCAGGCGUGCUUCCUAAUGGCUCUUCUCUUGAGUGAAGUGGGCAGGGAGGUGCUCCAUGCUUCUGCUUGAAGGUGUUUGGGAUGCUUUCAAGCAGCAGUGAACAACCUGAUGCGUUCCUCCUUGGUCCUUCCAUUGAGAAGGGGGUGUUGGAUGCUGAUGCUGGAAGGCAACUUCAGGCAAACCGGGUGUGCUGUCAUUGGGAAAGAUUGGUGCAGGGUGGUGGGGCUUGCUAAGCAAGGAUGUUCACUGGAAACUGCAAUAUUUGGCAUGACCAGCAAGGCCAGCCAGCCAAAAACUCUACCAUACUAUUUAAAUCAAGAGAGUAAAUCAAUGUUAACACGGUCUAUUGCAUCAACAAUUUUGAUUGUAUUCCUAGUAUGCUUUUAUUUUACUUAUUGCUGAAUGUACAGCAGAAUGUACAGCAGUUUGGUACAUUUGCAUGCCGUAAGUCCCCUUGUGGAAGAGCUCGCCAACAAAUGCUGAUCAUACUUUUCUUAGCCUCUAAGUAGUUUAGCCAAAUUAGUCCCCUCACAGCUUUAGAAUAAGUCAUCUAGAAUAUUCUGUUACACUGCAAACAUUAAAAUAUGUGAAUAAGUAUCACAAAGAAUAAGUAUUUAGCAUUUCUAUAAAAAUACUAUUUGGUGUUAAAUGUUAAUGCCACCUCUUCUUUUACAGGACAAGAGGGAAAUUGCCAUAAGUGACUGCAGCAAAGGUACUGUUUUCCUGUUCUUGUGCUCUGUUAAAAGCAUGUUGUCUUGGUAAGACUGUUAUCUACUUGAGAGGCACCCCACCAGCGGAGGUAUAGAGAUGAACCCAGUUAAAAAUGGUGAUGGAGGUGGAAUUUGCUCUAAUCAGUUGGCAGUUACUGACAUUCUUUUAUUGACAUCUAAUAUCUCUUUGGAAGUUGCUGUGUUCUUUGUCAUAGCAAUUUUCUGUGGAGUUCCAUAAUUCAGUUUUCCACUAGCAAAAUACAGAUUUUUGCUUCUGGAACUAUUGAUUCAGCAUUCCCACUUUUAUUUUAGGUAAAAGUUUAUUAUCUGGAGGCUUUUUAUGUGAAGCUUUUACUGUAUAUUAUAUCCAGCCUCCCUGCCCACAUGUCUCUCCGUAUGCUUUUGUUCAUGUCGUGUGAUUUCUUCUGUCCUCCUUUCACACUUGUACUUUAUCACCCCUAAAAUGGUCAGUUUCCUUCAUUCCUCCUCCCUGCUCCUUUUACGUGUCCUUCUCCCUCCUAGAACAACAUUCCUCUCUUACCGCCUGUCUUCUUAUUCCAGAUUUGUUUUCUCUCUCUUAAAUUAUUCACCUUUUAUGACUUUCUAGUUUUCUUCAACAUCUCCUGUAGCCCUUUCCUCUUGGAAGGAGCCCCCCCCCCGCCACUGGAGGGGUCUCCAGUGGUCUUCCAACCACCUUCAUUCAGCUGGCGCUAGCAUUGGUCUAACCAAAGAGCUAUCACAUGUACAGAGAUGUGAGGCAGAGAGACUGGGUAGCUUGUGGAACUAAGACCCACUUGAAAGCAGAUUGAGACCCACAGGUGGUUCCUGGCCCAUGGAAUGAGUGAGGUUGGGGAGCUGCAUUUGGCUGACCCCUGCAGGCCAAAUUUGAUAGAUGGGUGGGUGCUGCCCACCUGUUAAUUAACUGGUGUCUUAAGAUGGCAGGCGACCCAUUUUUGCCAGCAUGGUUUGAAAUCAGACCAUACAGUCAAAGGCACAGCGUGCAAAGUGCCAACGAUUAGCUGGUCAUCAGGUAUUGUCCUGAGUGAUGGAGUAUCCAGCUAGCCUCACUCCUGCUAGAGCAGAGCUGCUUGUUUUCCUUUAAGAUCCACAUGGACACGUAUGUGUAGCAUGAAAUCAUGCUGUGUAUAUGGCUUGAUCUUGCACUUAGAAAGUAAAUCAAGUUCAAGAUGGUCCACAAAGGGUUUUGAUCACUUAUAUUUGCUAUAACUGUACAUUGAAGCAAACAAUAAAAUGAUUAUUAACCCAUUUGCGUAUGGUUCACACUAGAUCAUAGCUUCUACUGCCAGCACUAUCCUAUAGCCUGAGGCUAGCUAAACUAGAACAUGCUGCAGAUGCCCUAGGCUUUGAAGUAAAAAGUUUCCUACCUCAGUUUUUCUGCUGUUUCUUUAAUUCUGUUUUAUAGCCCUGGAAUUAAAUCCAAACUAUAUCAAGGCACUGCUCAGGAGAGCAGAACUAUAUGAAAAAACAGAAAAGCUGGAUGAAGCUUUAGAAGACUACAAAAACUUGUUGGAAAAAGACCCAUCAAUCCAUCAAGCAAGAGAAGCUUGUGUGGUAAGCGUCUUUCCCUCCCCAAAUAAUGGAGUGAAUAGCUCCUGGUAACUGUUGGACAUAAGUAUUAAAUCUUAAAGGUAAAGGCAUGCAUUACCAGGAUGACAGCCUACCAUACUUUUAAAACUGGAAAAAGUAUGAUCAGAUUACUUUGUUCCCAUAUUUAAGUCCAAAAUGAAACUUCAUUUCUAAGAAGGAAGAACUGACCUACAGUAAGCUUUUUGAGUUGGAACCAUUGAUCAUAGUUUAAAAUCUCAAAGCUGUAAACCCCUUCCUCAUUGCUUCAACAGAUAAUUCAAGAGAGUAAUCUAGAAGACCAUAAUAACAUUUCAGGGAGUAAUAAAACAAUGAAAAUUGUCUAGUUCGGAGGUGACACCUUCUAACAGAAGGUACUGCUCUUUGAGUUUAUUUUUAGUACACUACUUUGCAACUUUCAGUACACUACUUUGUAACCCUGAAGACGUCAACAAUCAGACCAUGCAUUAAUAAGGGUUUCACAUGUAUUGACCCAACGUUGAUCUAUCAGAAAUUUGCUCCAAAGUAAUGUUUUUAGGGGCAACCUUGUGUCUGGCAUGUGCUGUAAUUUUAGCCAGUAGAGAAGCAAGACACAGUGAACUGUGGACAGUAUAGAAAAUAACCUCAAAUCUCACAAUGACGAUGGGAGUUCCAUGUGGGAAGUUCAAGAGUGAUCUCCAAAAGAAAUUUUGGGUGGUUUCCAGUUUGGAAGCAUUUACUCAACCAAACACUUCUGCACCAUAAAAUGACUUACAAAGUAGUUCUUCACGUAUAAAGUAGCAUUGCAGCGCUCCAGUGAGUUCUGGCUAUGAGUGUGUCCCCUGUGUUUUUUCAUGCAAAGUCGUGCAUCAAGCCAUGCAUAGUAUGUGUCAUGGGUAAAAAAAAACAGGUUGUCAAAGCCAACUUUGAAGAAUUGAUUCUCUUGUUUGUUUUUCUUAGCGAUUGCCAAGACAAAUAGAAGAACGCAAUGAGAAGCUUAAGGAAGAGAUGUUGGGUAAGUGGCACUGGUAUCCAGCUUGGUUGUGUGGUAGCUUCCAUACAUUGGUAUAAAACAUGAAUUUCUUACACAACCAUCCCUGCAGACAAAUUAAUGACUUCUCUUACUACUCUAGGACAGACUUACCCCUGAAAUCUCUGGGUUUCAGAGAUCCUCAUUUUUCACAACACUGAUGCCCCAUCUCAGACCAUCCCAACUCCACAAACAUCAAGGCUUAUUGAAUGUUACUUUUAAGCUGCUGAUUUGACAACUGUUGUUGAAAAUGGGCAAUCAGAUCUAUUUGUUCUGAUCUAGACAUCUAUGGGUGUUGUAGUAUGUGUGGAUCAUCUCCCCCCCCCCCCCCCGAUUUUUGGGAUGGGAGUGUCUGCACUGGGCCUUCCUGAGCCCAACAGGGGAAGCAGUGGCAGCUGCUCAUGAAUGUCGCAGUAGGUAUGCAGGUUGUGGGUAAUGGGUGUGGGGGGGAGACGCGUUCUGAGAGGCAAACUCCCAAUAGAUUCAUAUUAGAGAGUACCUCUGGAUUGCACAGUGACCACCAUCCAGAAUCAGAGAAACAGUUGACAGGUUCAUUUCUGACAGACACUCGUAGCUGAGCAGGAUACUGAGUGCAGAAUCUCCCUUCCCUCUUGUGCUGGCGAGAAGAAAGGGCAGUCAGUAAACAAUACCUGUCUCCUGAUUGGUCAUGUGGUUCUGGUCACAAUCUCCUUUUUAGUAAGAUGCCGUGCCUCAACACCAAUGUUUACACACUAUGCUGCAUGCUCAGUUUGAAAUUAUGUCGAUUUAUAAUCUAAAAUUCUGAUCAGAGGCAGUAGGGUGUAGAUGAUAAUGCUUAUUAGAAUGAAAGGCAAAGCAAACAGAAUUAUGAAUUAGUCUCUCCUACAUUUCAACUGCCAUGGCUAACAUUUGCUUCACUAUCUGUAGCACAGCAGUUGAAAGGCAGCAAGUUUCUGAACAUAAUAUUGAACCCCAAAAUGCCAUACAACUACUCUUUCAGUUUUAGCAGUUUUGGGCAUUUGAAUAUGACAGAAGGAAAAUGUUUUGUGCUGCUUCUUCAAAAGUUGCAUCUACAAGAGCUGUUCAUUCAAACCAAUUCUUAAGCCUUUGGUCCCAGGCCAGUGUGUUCAGUUUAUACAAACUUUUAUGUGCCUUCUUAUCUCUUACCCGUGUGCUUUGUUUCAUGUUGAUAGUUCAUGGUCUUCAGGCAGGCUUUAUUUAGGUUUUGGGGUUUUUUUUACUUGCUCUGUAACUUCUGCCUAAGAACCAUUUGGUUUCAGCACUUUUUUUAGGGUUACUACAACUUCUUAGCAAGUUUGAAAGUUACUUUAUUAGCUAUAAGGAAAACACUGUUCUCAAAGAUUAAUUACUUUUGGAGACAAAAUGAUCAUACAUGCACACUAGAUAAGCUUUGAAUAGGCACCGUGCUUAACACUAAUGUAGGUAACUUGUGACAGAGGACUAAACAAGGUUUCAAGCAUGUGGAGCCCAUCUUUCCAAAUGACAGACCAUCUACUGUUGCUUAAGUGUCAUGAGGCAGGUGCUGUACAGAACAUAAUCACUCCUGUGUUAGCACUCUUGAACAAUGGAAUGCUUGCAGCCAAUUCCUUGUGGAGUGUUCAAGCAGCAAGGAACAUUGCUUCAUUACUGACCUUGUACAUGUUGGGAAGUACAUUUCUUUUUGUGUGUGUAUUGCAGGCAAACUGAAAGAUCUUGGCAACUUGGUUCUGCGCCCUUUUGGCCUAUCAACAGAGAACUUCCAGGUGAAACAGGAUUCCUCAACUGGCUCGUACUCUAUCAACUUUGUUCAAAAUCCAAAUAACAACAACCGAUAACAUAAGCCCAACCCACUCCUGGUAAAAAGUGUGGCAUUGGAAUUGUGGCGUUUCAAUGAAUGCAGAAAGAGGGUGAAUUAAAACUUUUAAGGCCUAACAUCUUUAUCUAAAUAUGAAGAUUUGAACAUAGUCUCAUGCAUUUCUCUUCUAUAAGGUACUUUUUACAGGUGUGGGUGAAUAGAGUGAAGUGGUCUGACUUCCGCUGCCAUCUUAGAUGCACUUUAUUUGGGCACUCUUUAUCCUCCCUUGUGAUGAAGGGGGAGGAGUGUUUGGCUUUGCUAAAUAGAAGAAUCCAGUGUUCCCAUACCUGUAACUAAAGUACAACCAUUUUGUGUGUUCAUGGAGUUUGCAGCGUAUGUGCGUGAAUGAGAGGGCUGAUCCCUUUCUAUUCAGAGAGGACACUUUUACUAAGUGUAAUAAAGCAUUGAUGGUAUUGUGGUCUGCAUUCUGUUGCCUUCUUAUUCAAAGGAACAUAUGAAUGCUUUUCCUAUAAAUGUAGUAUACUGUAUAAAAUAGCCUGGGUGUAAUUGCAGCUAUCAAAAGCUGCAAUUGUGUUGGUGUUUAUCUCUGUAAAUGAAUCAAGGACUUGAUAAUUCUAUCCAUUUAGUGCUUGGGGGUUUUGUUUGUUUGUUUGUUUGUUUUUGGAGGGGGCAGUGACAGAGGCAGUUGGCAAACUAUAACAACCUGUGGCAAUAUCAAUACAAAAAAUGCUGGCACAAGUUCUUGACUGUGCAUCUGCUGUACUUACAAUACCAUUUUCUACAGCUUGUUCGUAUCCCAGCACCACUUUGAGAUAAUCAUGUCCGAGCUCCUAAGGCAGGCAAAGAAGCUCUCUACUUAAUUCUCCAUAACAUAAACAACAGUUCAGCUGUUGGCAGUAUUACAGCUGCUAAUGAAGUAGCAGAUUUGCAAACCUGGUACAGAAUGAGCCUGCUGCAAGGGGGAGGAAGAAACCUUGUAGCCUAUUCGGUUGGAAAUAUCCUGCAGCACAAGUGUGUGUUCUGUUUUUAUUUCAGAAUGUUCCACCCACCUUUCACAAGAGUUUUCAAGGUAGUUAACUAAACAUAUUAAAAAUCUAUAUUCGAAAUAAAGCAGAUAUAAACACCGUGAUAAUUUAAAAAACACUUACAAAUUCUUCAUUUAGUGCUGAAAAGUUAGCGCUGGCUGUAGAGGAACAUUCCAGAAGCAGGGGACACCAAAAUGAAGGCCCAGUCCUUUGUGCUAGCAGCAGAAACAUUGUAAUCACACAUAGGAUUGCAGUGUUAGCUGUUUAUCAAUCUGCAAUCCUAUGUGUGAUUACACAGAAGGCAUAGUUAUGUCCAGGUGAGUAUGUCUAGGAUUGCAGCUUGAGUAUAUUAAUUAGCCUUUUACUGUCAAAUAAGCAACCAGAGGAAGAGGCAGAAACCGACUGCUUGUUUAUCUUUUUUAAAAGUGCAGGAAAAAAAUCAAGGCUUUAUUGAAUAGAUGGUACACAACAUUCUUGAACAAUUAAUUUCAAGUGACCCUUAAAAGUUGAAUCGUUUUUCCUCAUUCAAGUCUACCAAAUGAAGGAGGCGUAGUGACAUAGCAAACAGACAAAAAAGGUAACAUGGAGCAAAGCUUAAAUAUUAAGCAACUAAAGCAAAAGGGUGAAAAGCAAUACAUUACUUCUACCACUACAAUUUUUCCCUGACAAUCAUUUCAAAGUGAAAAACAAGGUGGCUGUAGUUUCUCAAUUCUUCAUGAGUAAGUACCAACUAGCCAUUUUGUCCAUUUUCCAACAUGGCUGUCUAUUUUGCCCAUAAACCUGUAGUUCUACCACUUCGUACAGUGUUAUGGAUGUAAAUGGGCAGCAGUUGUGCUCUUGAAGGAGAAGGAAUAGGAGCACAGGCUAAAAGUAAGAUGUCUAUGCAGGCACUACUGGCUCCACCCAUCAUCAAUCCAGAUAUGUACCCUUAUUUGUACAGCCAACACCAUUUUCCUGAGUCAAAACUAUCAUUUUGUGCCAUGGUUACCUCCUAAGGUAUGUGCACCUUCUCCAGUGAAGUCACCCAACCCUGCUUUUAAAUAAAAAGGAUGCUUAUUUUUGUCUAACUACACUGCACUGACUCGCUGCAGUACCUUUUUACCUUGCCCAAAUAAGCUUCUAAUCUUGCUGGAAAAUUGUAGAGUAUACUUUAUUUCUCUUUUGCUUUGACUAUUGUAGAAAGACUACUGCAAAGCAAUUGCUUGUUGUCCUUUAAACAUCCUCUCUAAUUUCUUAAGAAAAUGGUACAGUUGAACCUCUUAAAAAGGUGCUAUGAACUGUUUUUAUAAAUAAAAUUUUAAAUGUUUUCACAGACAUUUUUAGUAAAUAUUUAAUAUAGAAUUGCAUUGUAAUAUACUAACUCAUACAUCUUUCCCAUGUUUAGAAUGCUAUUUAAAAAUAUAAAUCUGUCAAAGCCAAGGGAAAAUCUUGUAUAAUUACAACAUGCAUGGAAAUUAUGAAGCCAAGACUUCAGCUUGUAUUUGCUGGUAUGGGUAACUUUGGAAAAGAGAGAUAUUUUGUUAAUCUGUAGAUGGUUACCUUAAUGCCAUACAAGACUUAACUCUUGUGUAGAUGGCAUUGUCAUAGUUUAAAAAGAACUUGAUAUUUGUACUUCAUCAGAUUGUGCAUUCAUUUUGACUUGUGUUUAUUAACCCAUCAACCUUCCUGGGGAAUCCUGAUCUGCUGUUAAU